CUGUGCUCUGCCCUUCUUCAUUGAGGAGAGAGUUUCGAUCUGUGGUAUCUUAUAUACAAGAAAAGCUAGCCAAGAAAUCUAUAAUUUUCCAAUUGAUAUUUUCCUUGUACUUGUGAAUUUGCAGCUGAUUAGAGCAAGCAUGACUUCUUCUUCUUCUUCUCUUUCACUUGACGAAAAGUACGAUGUGUUUCUCAGCUUCAGAGGUGAGGAUACACGCGAUACUUUCACUAGCUACCUUUAUGCAGCUUUAUCAGCAAAGCAAGUCUCAACUUUCAUGGAUCAUGAGCUUGAAAGAGGGGAUGAAAUUUCACCAACACUUAGCAAAGCAAUCGAGGAAUCCAAGAUUUCGGUGAUCAUUUUCUCCAAAAACUAUGCUUCUUCUACAUGGUGUUUGGAUGAACUCGUGCAGAUACUUGAAUGCAAGGAAAGAAGAGGGCAGGUUGUUAUGCCAAUCUUUUACGGCAUAGAUCCAUCGGAUGUACGAAAACAGAAGGGGAGUUACAAAAUUGCAUUUUCUGAGCAUGAAAAACGUUUCCAUGAUAGAAUGGGAAUGGUGAAUCAAUGGAGAGCUGCUUUAACAGAAGCAUCCAAUCUAUGUGGCUUGGAUUCAAAGGAUUUCAGGCCUGAAAACAAGUUAGUUCAAAAACUUAUUGAAGACAUUUCAAAGAAAUUGCCUAAGUAUCUUUCAUCAAAUAUGCAUAUCAAUGGACAUCUUAUAGGAAUUGAAAAAAAGAUCAAGGAAAUUGAAUCAAAAUUAUGCACUGGCAUAAAAGAUGUUCGCAUUAUAGGUAUUUGGGGCAUGGGAGGUAUUGGCAAGACAACCCUUGCUAGUGCUGUUUUUCAAAGAUUGUCGUAUUUUCAAUUUGAAAGUUACUGCUUUCUUUGGAAUAUUAGGGAAGAAUAUUUAAGGUGUGGACCAAAUUAUUUGAGAAAGAAACUUCUGUCCGAGUUAUUAAGUGAUGAAUCGAUUUUGAGGAUGGACACUCCAUUUGUAGCAUCACCUUUUAUUCAUGACAAACUCAGCCGGAAAAAGGUGCUCAUUGUUCUAGAUGAUGUGGACAGUUCAACCCACUUAGAAGCUUUAGUAGAAGGAUAUGAUCACUUUGCACCUGGGAGCAGAAUCAUUGUCACAACUAGAAAUGUGCAAGUACUAAUUAAAAAAGAAGCUGAUGAUAUUUACAAGCUUGAAGGGUUAAAUAAGAAUGAAUCUUUCGAGCUGUUCAGUUUGCAUGCUUUUGGAAACAGUUUUCCUUCAAAAGAUUAUGAACUGCUGUUAAACCGUGCGACAAGCUAUGCUGAUGGAAAUCCAUUAGCUCUUAAAGUCUUGGGUUCUUUCCUUCGCUCCAAAAGCACAGAUGAAUGGGAAAGUGCACUAAAUAAAUUGAAAACAAUUCCCAACAAGGACAUUUUAGAUGUGCUGAGAAUCAGUUAUGAAGGACUAGAUGAUAAAGAGGUCAAAAAUCUAUUUCUUGACAUUGCAUGUCUACUUAAUCAAUCUUUUACUAGAGAUGAUGUAGAAAACAUGUUAGAUGCAGGCCAUUCUUUUGUGAAAAUAGGAUUAACUGUGCUUAUUGAAAAGUCUUUAAUUGAAAGUCAUGAAGACAACAAGCUAUGGAUGCAUGAUUUGUUGCGGCAAGUGGGCAGGGCUAUUGUUCUUGAUGAACAUAGAGAACCUAGUAAUCGUAGCCGAUUGUGGGAUGUGAGAGAUGUUUGCCAUGUCUUCGAAAGAAACACGGGAACUGCAGCAGUUGAAGGCAUCUCAUUUAACAUGGCUGAGAUUAGUAAAGAUGUUAAAUUGUGCCAUGCAGCAUUCUCAGAGAUGUAUAAUCUACGAAUUCUCAAAAUUCAUUGUGACAAUAUUGAUGAGAACAAGUUCAAACUGUACAUUCCCCAAGGUCUUGGUUCUUAUCUUUCUGAUAAGCUAACAUAUCUUCGGUGGGAUUUAUACCCUUUGGAAUCUUUGCCAUCAAAGUUUUCUCCUGAAAAUCUUGUUGAGCUGGUACUACGUGGCAGCCAUAUUCAAAAACUUUGGAAUUAUCAUGAAGUUAAGUCUCUUCCAAUAUUAAGGAGGAUCGAUCUUAGCUAUUCCAAGUUCCUUACUCAAAUACAAAAUCUGUCUCUGGCUCCGAAUCUGGAAAGUAUAAAUCUUGAAGGGUGUAAAAGUUUGGUACAUGUUCUUUCAUCUCUUCAAAAUCUGUACAAGCUUACAUAUCUAAAUUUGAGUGGCUGCUCCAAACUCAGAGAUUUUGAAGAGAUAUCAAAAACAACAGAGGAGUACUUGGAUGUUGCAAGGUUAGGAGGCACUAAGAAUCUUUUAAUUAAUUUCACAUUUCUCAGAAGUUGCAUCCGAAGUUUUAUGGGCAAUUUUUGCCUCUACUCAUCCAAGGGUCACAUUUCUCAAAAGUUUGCACCCAAUUUAAAAUGUUUACUUUUAAGUGAAACAGCUAUAGAGACGGUGCCCCCAUCAAUUGGGCAUCUCUCAGGUCUUGUGGAAUUGAAUUUGAGUUAUUGCACAAGACUUAAAAGUCUUCCAUCAAGCAUUUGUCAUUUGAAAUCUCUUGAAUCUUUAGUUCUCAGUGGUUGUAAGGAACUGAAAACAUUUCCAGAAAUCUUGGAGCCUAUGGAACACUUGAGAACUUUUUGGUUAGAUGAAUCGGGGAUUAAAGAGUUGCCAGAGUCGAUUGAAAAUCUAGUAUCUCUCAAAGAAUUAUAUAUACAUCGAUGCACAAACCUUGAGUUUCUACCCAACCGUCUACGUAAAUUGAGGAACCUUGAGACGAUAGCGCUCGACCACUGUUCAAAAUUUCAAAAAUUGCCUUCCCUUCCACCGUCUUUGCUCUACUUGUCUCUGAAUUAUUGUGAGAAAUUGGAAUCUUUACCCGAGCUUCCAUCACUGUGUUUGGAAUUGUAUGCAAAAUACUGCACGUCACUGGAGAAAAUUUUAAAAUGGAGGGCUCCACUAUUAGACAAUCUGGGUAUUGAUGUCACUGGAAGUAAGGGUGAUACUCUUCAAACUUUUGACUUUUAUGGAUGUGAAAAUUUGGAUCAGAACACAUGCAACACUAUGCUCGCUAAUCUUGCAGUAAUUCAAAUUCUGUCUCGUCUAAAAUUUGUAACAGAUGGCACAGAUUACAUUAAUGUUCUAGUUUUACGCCAUCCAGGAGAUGAAAUUCCAAAGUGGUUCAGCUAUCAAACUUGUGGGACUUCAAUCAAUAACAUUAUGCUUCCUCCAUAUUGGAAUAAUGAUGACUUGUUGGCUUUGGCUUUCUGCAUUGUUCUUCGUCGGAAUAUAAUUGACCAUGGUAUAGACUUCUAUAUUCAUUCUGAACUAAAUCUUAAAACCAUCGAUGAUGGCCGUCUUUACAAAUAUCAUGAUUAUUCUUGGUGGAUAUCGGAAAACAAUGUUAGAUCAGAUCACGUGCUCAUAUGGUAUGUAGAAAAACGGUCUUUACAAUAUUCAGAAUGCAAUAAAUUUAGCAAAGAAAUGGAUGGACUAAAUUGGCCCUCCACUUGUAGCACUGAGGCCUCUUUCCAUGUCCGUCCUUUUUUUAUUGAUAGCAGCGAGCAAGCUUUAGACAUUCGAAGUGAUCAAGCAAGACAUGAGUAUGCCGAGAUUAAGAAGUUUGGGGUUCGGUUUGUGUACAAACAAGACAUGGAGAGAUGUGAUGCAGAAACUGAAAGAAAGAAUAAGAGACAUUUCAAUGAAUGUUGUGAAUCAAGUGGAAGUGAAGCUGUUGACUCUCUUGAGGAAGAAGACGAUGAUCAUGAAUCACAUUCAAAGAAACUCAAGGUUAUAUGACCGUUUAGAAGAUGCAGAGCAAUUGGAUGUUGAGGAACGAAAAAAACAGAACAAUUUUGUGCUACAACUUCGAGAAAUGCUUUGCAGCUAAUUAUGAAAUCAUUAUUGGCACUGAUGUAUAUGAACAAGAAAAUCAAAUAUUUGUCUCCUAAGGUAAAUCCAUUUACUUUGUUUUUUCGGUAAAUUUAAUUUGUAUGAGUUAGUAUACUCUGUUUACAACAUGCGUUUUGUAAUAUUUUGAUGGUACUAAUAUAUAAACUAAUAAGUUUACAAAUUGUAGGGUAAUUUCUUAAGGAAAAUUUUGUCUUUUGUUUGAAAUGAUAGACAUAGAGGGGGAAAAAAUUGACAUGAAAAGUAUUUUGAUGGACUUUUCAUGUAUAUAUUGAUGAACUUCGUUCAUCACCAUUUGGCAUGUCUUUUGUAGUUUCAGGCUUUGAAGAAUAUGAGUGUGAGCUAUGCAGACACCAUGGCACGUAGCUUCAAAUGAAUGAAUGGUACAGUGCCUUGGAGAAGUUCUCUCUUCCUCCUGUCUUUCUUCUUAUUUUGGCAUUGCAACAAUUGUUUUUAUAAUAUCAAUAUGAAUUUCUUUUAUAACUAUGAGCCAUUUUACAUAUAUUUGCAGAGGAAAUCAAAUGAAAUAGAGAAUGAAUUGCAUAAGAAUUACGAUCCUGAGUUGUUUAUGGUGCAUUUUAUGGGUCAAGUAAAUCUUUACAUCUUGAACAUUCUUAACAUUCUGAGAAUAAUAAUUAUCUAUCUGAUUUAAUUUCUUACUUUGUUAUUAUUCUCUGUUGGAAGUGUUUGACAAAAUGUGUUUAUGCAUGGUUGGACAUUUUUGUGUUUUUGAAUUGUAGUUUGUCAUAACAAAUACUCUUUCCAUCAGGUACUAAAUAGUAGAUUCUGAGUCGGCAUAGAUUUGGUUUUGAAUUGGAUAAUGUCAUUUUCUCAAAAUAUAUCGAUUUUAUGAUGAUCAAUUGCAUCUAGUAUGCAUGUAUUUGAACUAUUAGCUUGAUUACUACCAAGAAGUUAAACACCCAAGUAUGAUAUAUGGGUUAGCUUGGAGCUCUACAAGGUCUCAUUCAUCUUUCUUCGGAGCAGUACCAUUGAGUUAUAUACAUGGAGAACAUUGCAACAUUCUGCUAAACACUUGGGAGCCUUAAUACUUUUCUUGCUAAAAUAUGUUGUGGAACUCUGUAUAUUCAUUUCACUUAGACUGGUUUUGUUAAUGAUGGUGAAAUUGCUCAAAUUGGAAUUUUUUUUUUUUUUUUUUUUUUUGGUGAAAUGGAUUGUAAUAUUCAGUAAGCAAUUUUUAUUGGUUCAUUGUCAAGUAGUUUAGAUUAUGUGUCAAAUUAAAAGUGCAAAUGUUCUGCAUCAUAGCACUUGCAAUGGUCCUGUGUUAAUAUACCUGAAAAAGUUUAGUCACUUAUAAUAGCAUCAUGCAGUCGAAAUUUUAACAGUAAUCUUUAUAUAUCUGUGGUUCAUGUUGUUAAAUUUUAACAGCAGUAGAAAUUUUUUUAAUUUUUUAAAAAAACUUUAACAACUUUAACGCAUGG